AUGAAUGAGCAAGAGACCAGAAACACUGAGAAGAAUCCAGUGGAAGUAUAUGAUGACAGAGUAAAAGAAGAAAAUUCCAGUUCGACAGACGAUUUAGGUGACGAAAUAGUCCAAGAUGAUGUCGCCUUCAAUAUCGGCUGCGAAGGUCAUGUACAAAAUUUGAUCGCAAAGUUUUCUUCGCUUAAUUAA